AUCAUGUUUCUUUGGUGCCCCGCCAGGGCCCAGCCCUCGGCUACUGCGGCGCCUACUGGGUUGCUGGUGCUGUCCGCCUCGCCUCGGUUCCCAGCCGCGCCAUGUCAGGCGCGCGCAGACGAGGGCCUCUGACGGUAACGCACUUGGCGGCAGCCGCAGACGUUUGCCGCGUGGUAUCCCCUUGGCGCUGCAGGUCGCGCAAAUUUUGCUGCCGAGGGCUGGACAGGAUGCUCGCCCCACCGCUUUUCCUAGUCAUGCCUGAGGAGCCAAUUAUCAGGUUAUCCAGAGCAGAAGAUUCUGGCCAGCCCCUUCCCGGGCGUUUCAUGACUGUUGGCAAGAAGCGUGCUGCUCACCUGGGCCGGACGGAUGGAUUCUGUGCGGCUGUGGAUGCAGGGCCCGAGGCUGGGCCGCGUGUCGAUCGCAUACAUCUACGUAUUCCGGGAGGCUGUGGUUUGGGCUGGCCGCCUGGCUAAGAGUCUUGCGCCGUAAGAAUUGCAGCAGGUGCUCAAAUUGGCAUCAACUGGAUUUUGUGUGGUGCCCAUCGAUCCAGCCACUCUUGACGUCUAACGUUUGAUGAGAGGUGUCCGUGGGAGGUAAUAAAAGCUUUGAGCAGCAUUUGCACAAUAAAGACUUAGCAUGGGGAUAUCA